AUGUAUCUGCCCACUCUAUGCAGGAGGUGUGUCGACCCACACUGUGGCUCGCUCGACGAUGUCUACACGGAGGAGCAGUUCCGCAUUCUCGUUUCAGACAUCCUGCCGCACUGGGCCAAGGUGUACUUCGGGUUGUCGAUGGCUUACCCCAGUCUGUUGCUGUGGAAGGCCUUGGCUGUGAGGGUGAUGAUUCUGAUGGCGCAUCACAUGCUGGGCAAGGGGAUGAGCAUCCGUACGAUCCGCUACUGCAACAUGUUCGCUCACGUCCUUCUGCCCAUCACGAAGAGCAAGGGGGAAUCGUCGAUCCUCGUUCUCGUGGUCGCCUAUCGCAAUUCGAAGACCGUCAAAGACAACAAGCUCGGCCACCUGUACCUGACUCGACACAUGGACUUCCAGCAGUGCGGCUUUGGUGCAGUUUUCCUCUGGCUACACUUCAUUUUCGACCUCGUGCCGCUCUUCUACAACAACGAUAAAAUCGUGCCCCCCUUGGAUUUUUCAAACCCGGAGGCCUGGUCGAAGAAACACCUGUUCUUCGCCCUCUUCGACAAAGAGAAGACAGAGAUGCCGUACCCGACGCACAACAAAUGGGUGACAUGGGCGAUGAAAAGCGCGGAGUGGAUCCUGUCGAAAGUCAUGCACAUCUUUCGACGGUCUGCGGCACAGAUCCUCGCGGACAAAAACUUAGACCUCGACACCAUCGCACGGCUGGGUCAAUGGGACAUGAACGAGAUGCGCAGGUCAUACGUCACAGGCAUCCCGCGCCCGGCCAUCCAGAUGCAAGCGGGUUUCUCGCAGGAACCGGGCGACUAUUACAUCGGAAGAUCGAAGACCAAAGUGGCCCCGAAGGUCCUGAAGGCGAUCGAGGAGCACAUAUUUCCUAAGGCGGAGAUGUGGCUCAUCGAGAUGUCGCGUUUGUGCAAGGACGAAGAUUUCCAAAAAUGGGCGCUUGACGUGUACACGCUCGACAAGACGUAUCCUCUCACCUCAACACCAAGCACCUCAUCACGCAACUUCGGGCCGAGAUCAACCUCCACAAGGAGGAGAGGGAAAAAGGAAAUCCAGAUCAACCACCUCGAGAAGCAGGUCGAGUCAUUGGAGCGGGAGAAGAGCUCGAUGAAGGCAGAGUUGGAGGCGAAGACAGAGGCGUUCGCUCAACUACAGAAAGCGUUCGACGCACUGAAGAAUACCGCGGCGACAAGCGCAGCUGCAAUUGUGGGGGAGAGCGAGAGCGUGCCGCAGACGGCGACCGAGGAAGCCACCCCGGGUCCACAGCAAGCCGAACAAACAACGCCCUCUCGACAGAGCGUGGGCAGCCAGCUCGACCAGGCAUUCUUCCACGCGGUGGUGUGGCCGUGGUGCAAUUGCGAGACCGUGCGGAAGGCGUGGUCGUACUAG